UGGCCUUCAGCUCCUGCUGGCACAGGAGGGAAGGGAAGGGAUGGGAAGGAGGGCCUUUCUCCUAUCGCUGAGUGUGGGGAGCAGUUAUGGCACGUUUACACCAUGGUUUGUGUGAGGUGUUGGUCAGGUUGCCCCCAGGGGAGAUGCCUGUGAGGGAACCUUCCCGAAUUUUUGGGGGUUGAGAGGACGGGAUGGCAGCUCAUGGCUCCCUCAGCACCAAGAGGACUCUGUCUGAGACACAGACAUGGUGCUUUGGGAAGGGUGGCCAGUUGGGGCAUGGCUGACAGGAUGUAGGCUGUAAGUGGUGAGGCACCGUAGGGUGCAGGUGAGCUGGGUUCUGCUGUGGGCUGUCUUCAGAGCAGGGCUGGGAGCCAGCCCCAGCAGGGACAACAUGCCUGCCCUCUGGCCACAUGGCCACCCUUCGGGCAUGCGGCUGCUCCAAGAGAUGCCAAAUACCCCCACACAGGGUGCCUGUGAAUAGCUUUAGUUUCUUUACAUUGUGUAUAGGAGCCACAAGUGCGUUUUGUUUAUUUUUUAACGUCCAAAUUGACUCGUCGUGGACUGUGGUAAAGCUCCCUACUCGUCCCGUGCUGAGGGUUUUCCUCCCGUAAUGGCCGCGGUGCCCGCCCCAUUCCUCUUUAAGGGGAAGGCAGCGGAUUGACGCCCGACUCGGCCAAUGGCGUCCCUAACCCCCCUCCCUCGCCGCCUUGGAUCGGCCCCGGUCUCUGGCGGGAGGCGGGGCUGGGGCGCGGCGGCGGGCUCGGCGGCAGCGGGGAUAUGGAGGCGGUGCUGGGGCAGGUGGCGCAGCUACCGGCGCUGCUGGCCGUGUGCAGCUCCGCGCUGGUGCGUGCCUGGGACCCGCCGACCCUGGAGCGGGCCCUGGACUGGGGCCGCUACUUCCAGCAUCUCCACGACCGCCUCCGCGCCCGGCCCCGGCUCCGCCACGCCGUGGGGCAGCGGCUGCGGCGGGCCCAGCCGAGCGCUCCGCUCGCCUUCGGGCAGCUGGGGCGCUGCGCAGAGCUGCUGGGCCUGGCGCUGCUGGAGAACCGUGCCCUGCCGCCCGCCGCCUGUCGCCGCCUCCUCCAGCGCCUGCUGCAGCCCCCCGCCGCCCGGCCCAGCCGCCUGGCGCUGCUGGCCCGCAGGAAGGCCGCCUCCCGCCUGCUGGAGCCGCUCCGCAGCUCCCCGCCGCCGCCGUCCUUCGGGGGCCCGGAGCCGCGGCUGGCCGCCGAAGCGGGGCUGCUGCUGGGCCGCCUGCGGGACGAGCCCCCGGGGGAGCCCCGCUGGCUCGGAGGGGUCCUGCAGCAGCUGCCCCAGCCCAGAGCCUUCCGGGUGGUGGCGGCAGCGCUGUUGCUGUUGCGGCAGGGGGGAGGCCCCCGGCAGGAGGAGGAAGCAGGGGCUGACCCUCUGCUUUCCUGGCUGCUGGAGGACGUGGAGAGGUUUGCUGCCUUCUGUCAGCAGCUCCCGGGCUCUCUUCUUGCUUCGUUAGCUGCUCACUAUUCGCAAAUAAGCAAACGUUAUUUGGACCUCUUGAGUGACUGGGGAAGCUGCUUGCUGUAUGACCCCUUGCAGGGACAGUGGGUUAAAAGCUGCCCCGAUGAGGGUGAACUGUCCUGGGAGGAGCUGAGGGAGCGCUUCAGCUGCCUGUGUAAGGGACCUGUGCCGCUCAGGGGACAGACCCAAGCUGCUCUCAAACUCCUGAAGGGACGGGAUGGAGACUUUCAAGUCCGUGGCCUAAGUGUGUGGACUGACUUACUGUUGGAAGUACAGGAAGAUUUGAGGAAACGAGCAGAGCACUGAUGCGUGAACACAAAAGCAACACAAAAAACUUUUGAAAUUCGGCAAUUCUGAUUAACUCUGUAUUUGAUACGAAAGGCAGGAGCACUAUAUGUUGAUCUGGGUUGGAAACAAAUAUUGAUGGGACUGAUGAUAACACUGUUUAUGAUUGUAUGUUAAGCCUGCCAGGAAGGCCUGGUGCUUCUUCGUAAUUGCACUGCUGAUUCUCCUGCUCACCAGCAGGAAAUGGUUUUCUUUUCAGUGCUUACUUCUCAGCUAAUAAAAUGUAUGUUUGCCAACAAAAAA